AUGGGUGCUCUUCUAUCACUGCCGCUUUUAGCGGUGCCUAGCAUGGGCACGCUUAUCACCCUUGGCGGCUCAUGCUGCGGAGCCGCGACUUGCUCAGCUGUCUGCAGCGCAUGUGGAAAAUUCCAAAACAGCAUGGCGACUCGAAUCGCUUAUGCCUUUAUCCUCCUAGUCAACUCUAUCGUCUCCUGGAUCAUGCUCACGCCAUGGGCAAUGAAGAAAUUGCAAGGUCUCACUCUGGAUUAUAUGGAAAUUCGAUGCGACGGGAAGGAGUGCUAUGGUUGGGUCGCAGUUCAUCGCAUCAACUUCGGUCUCGCUCUAUUCCACUUGAUUCUCGCUCUCUUGCUCCUCGGCGUAAAAACAUCCCGCGACAGCCGCGCCGCACUUCAAAAUGGCUUCUGGGGUCCCAAAAUUAUCGUUUGGAUGGCCUUCGUCGUCAUGUCCUUCUUCAUUCCGGAACCCUUCUUCUUCGUCUACGGCAACUAUAUCGCUUUCUUCUGCGCCAUGCUAUUCCUGCUCCUGGGAUUGAUCCUGUUGGUUGACCUGGCUCAUUCCUGGGCGGAACUUUGCCUGCAGAAGAUCGAGGAUAGCGACUCGCGCCUCUGGCGGGGUCUACUUAUCGGAUCGACCCUCGGCAUGUACAUCGCUUCCCUCGUCAUGACUAUCCUGAUGUACAUUUUCUUCGCCCGCAGUGGAUGCUCUAUGAACCAGAUCGCUAUCUCGGUCAACCUGAUCGUUUUCCUGAUUAUCUCAUUCAUCUCGGUUCAGCCGGCCGUGCAAGAAUCAAACCCGCGCGCCGGGUUGGCGCAAGCUGCUAUGGUCACCGUUUACUGCACUUACCUUACUCUUUCCGCCGUAUCCAUGGAGCCGGAUACCUACAGCUGCAAUCCUCUGGUCCGCUCCAGUGGCGCCCGCACCAUCACAAUCGUUUUGGGCGCCAUCGUCACCAUGGCCACCAUUGCCUAUACGACUACGCGCGCGGCUACCCAGGGUAUUGCCCUGGGAUCCAAGGGCGGUCACGGCUACAGCGAGCUGGGUACAGAGGACAACGAGCACGGGCUGGUUACCCAGCAGCCCAGCAGCCAUCGGGAGAUGCGCGCCGAAGCUCUGCGAGCCGCGGUGGAGAGCGGUAGUUUGCCGGCCAGCGCUUUGGAUGAGAGCGAUGACGAGGAUGACUUUGAGACCAGCAGCAAGGAUGACGAGCGUGGCUCAACCCAGUACAACUAUUCUCUAUUCCAUAUCAUCUUCUUCCUGGCCACAACGUGGGUGGCUACCCUGUUGUCGCAGGGACUGCAGGUCGACACCGACAUGGACUUUGCUCCGGUGGGCCGCACCUACUGGGCCAGCUGGGUGAAGAUUGUUAGUUCUUGGGUCUGCUACGCGAUUUACAUGUGGACCUUGGUGGCGCCUGUUGUGUUGCCUGAUCGCUUUGCUGCAUGA